CCCGGCCCUCCCGCCCUCUCCCGCCGCGAGCCCCGUGGCCCGCCAAUCGGCGGCGGCGACGCAGCCGGGGCUGCCGGUAGCCAAUCGGCGCGUGGCUUAGUGACCGCAGGGGAGGGGAGCGGGCAAGAUGGCGGCGCCGGGAGAGGCGGCGGGCGCGGCGGUUCCGUCGCAGCCCGAGGUGGCCGCGGGCUCCGCCGCCGUGGUGCUGCCGGAGCGGCUGCAGCGCCGGGAAGCGGAGCGGCAGCAGGGCGUGGAGCGGCAGCGGCAGAAGAAGGAGGCGCAGGUGGUGAAGGAGGAGCAGAGCGAGUUCUUCCUGGCUGCCUUCGCCCGUGAGCGGGAGGCCGUGGAGGGGCUGCUGGCGGCGGGGGCGCUGGAGGAGGCGGCCGGCCGCCUGCAGGCGCUGCAGAAGCUGCUGACGGGCAGCGUGCGGUUCCUUGCGCCCUACGAGGUGCGGCAGGGGCAGGAGGCCGUUGCGCGGCUGCAGGGGGACUUGGCGGCGCGGAGGCAGCAGCUGCAGCCCAAGAAGAAAUUCGCCUUCCGUGCCCUCAAGAAAGAAGCGGCCCCGGGCAGCGCCCCGCGCCUCGCCGAGCCCGCCCCGCCGACUCCCGCCGCGCCCGGGCCCGGCUUGGCUGAGGGGGAGCCGGGCGGGGAGCCGCUGUGCGGGUUCAGCGGUGCCGAGGACGCGGAGCUGGAGCUCGGCCCCGCGGAGCUGCGGCAGCGGGACGUGCUGCUGUCGGAGCUGCGCGGCUGCCGGGUGCGGCUCCGCGGCAACCCCAACACGCUGCGGGUGCGCGACUGCCGUGGCUGCACCGUGCUCUGCGGGCCCGUGUCUACCUCCGUGCUGGUGGACGGCUGCAGCGACUGCCUGCUGACGCUGGCCUGCCAGCAGCUCCGCACACACCGCACCCGCGGCUGCCGCUUCUACGUGCAGGUGACCAGCCGGGCCGUCAUCGAGGGCUGCUCUGAGGUCUCCUUCGCCCCCUACUACUGGAGCUACCCGGGUAUCGAGAGGGAUUUCGAGUCGUCCGGGCUGGACAGAGACAGUAACAACUGGAACCUGGUGGAUGACUUUGACUGGCUGGCGACUGACAAGCCUUCGCCCAACUGGAGCCUGAUCCCCGAGCAGGAAAGAAUCACUUGCUGGGACUGACUGCGGAGGCAGCUCUGUGCUGUGGAAGAGAUCCUGGUGUAAACGCAUGGAUUCACAAACUGCGGGACUCGAUCCCACUAUGCCAUUAAAUGAUUCCGUUUGGUAUUUAAGUUGUGAAUUUCAGUGUAUGACUGGAUUUUUUAAUUGAAGGAUACCGUCAAACAGAGUUUACUUGUCUACACAAGCUGCUGCUAUAAUCUUUAUAUAUCACAGUGAAAUUUGCCAACUUCUGCAGUACCUCAUUGCCGAGUUUUUCCUAAUUAAGGUGGAGCAAGGCCACUGAUGCACAAACAACAGUGAGCCUCUAUUGCAGCUGUAGUGCUGCUUUCACUCUACCAGGCAGAAUCUGCAUUGGCUGCAAGUAGUGCAAGCUGCCCUAGAAUGGAAAGAUCAGAUAACCAGAUUUUUCAUAUUUUUGUCGUUCUCAAGUUGCAGACAGCUCUACACUAUGGCUUAUGGGGAGUGCAAGAGAAUAAUUCCAUGAGGUAAUGGGAACAAAAGGUUAAUUUAAAGGAGGAGUUUGUAACUGACCAGUGUAAGCAGACUGAGAUGAAUCCUAGACUGUGAUAUAAUGGAUGAGCCAGUUUCUCUUGAGAUGUUUAAGUCUAGGUUGUCUUUAGGCUUUUAUUUUAAAUGAGGAUAAGCCAAAAGAAAAAGAGCAUUCUCAUAAACAUUUAAUGCUUUCCGAAUAUAUUAGAUGAUUGUUUGAAAUCAACAAAUCUGUAGAGGCUGUAUAAAUACUGAACCUUCACAACGGAAAAUGUUAUGUGAAAGGAUGCUUCUUAUGUAAACAGCUUGAAAUGAGUCUUUGAGUAUGCUUUCAGGGUCAUUUACAGCAAGUGUAGAUUAACAUCACGGAAUUUAGGUAAACUGCUCCUCUGCAGUCUGAAACUAAAGGGCAGAGAUGUUCAAGUAUGUCUCACUAGUUGUUCUAUCUGUCUACCAGACAAAAGGGCUUUGUGUGGCUGUGAUCCUAAUUUACAGCACUCUGCUACUUGCCCAGUACAGUGGUGACAGGUAAUCACUAAAGUAGAGGUGCUAUAUUCCAGUUCCAAAAUUUCAUGUUAUCUUGCACAAAGUGCACAGGUGACUUAAGUCCCAUUUCUUCACUCCUGCUAAUAAAAUAAAAAGGUGGCAGUAUUGUGGAAUACAUGUCUUUACAGUGCCCUGCUAGUGGUGGUGAAGUGGCCACUCUCCAUACAUAAAGUAUACACUGCAGUUCUAUGUUUCUAAAACCCCUCCUUAACUUGUGACAUUUUGCAAGACAUAAUUGUUUAUCUUGCCUUAGAAUCUGCAUAAAGCUUUAUUUUAAAGCUGCAAAAUAUUUUUGCUGCUCUGCCAUCAUAUAUGUGCCUCUAACAGACAGUAAAUGCUAGCUGAACCAUCAAAAACUGCAUUGCUGCCAUGAGAAGUAUCUGAAACUUCACUUGACAGGUUUUGAGCAGAAAAAACCUUUUAUCUAAGGUUGUUUUCAGGAUAUUUAAUUUAAAAGGGGAGGAGGAAAGGGAUUUUUUUUAUAUUCUUCACAACUUUGUUUGUUACUUCUGUUAAUAUAUACUUUUUGACUGAAUGAGUUUUGCAUUUCAAAUAUAUUUGUUUAGAAUUGUUUCACUUGUCCCUUUACUACAUUCUUUGCACGACAACAUCAUAAAGUGAUGUAAAGAAUAUACCCUUAGUCUUGCUUUAAUGUACAUAAUUAAUAUCCUUUGUUAAAGGGAUAUGAUCAGUUGAGGCUCUCAGGGAAACUUGGUUUUAAACACAUCCAUCCUAGUACAGAAUCUGAUUUAGUAUUCCAUCAUUUCUUCUCCACAGAUCCUGGUAGUUGACAGAUAAAUCCCUUUAGCAUCCUCUGGUCUUGGGUUGCAAAUUGGUCAGCCCGUGAGAACUACAGUAACACUCUUGUUUCUGCUCACCCAAAGCUCUAAUGUUCACCACUUGCUUACUGUGAGGGUGGACACUGGCAGAUCUGGAAGUGGAGAGAUCCUGCCAGGCUGAUACCAGAGAUGUACUGAGGCUUCUCAGUUGCAGUUCACACUGGCAUGUAAGUGCGGUUCUGAAUUAGCUGUUGGUCCAUAGCAUGUGGUAUUGCCUGAAUAAACCAGAGCAUGAGUCAAAACAAGGAGGUUAGGCUUCAAUUUUACCCUGAAGUAGCUUUCUUGGUGAGGUUUUUCAGCAGUCAAGUUAUUAACAUCACAGUUCAUAAUGUUUUCUUUCCUCCAAGUACUUAACUUUUGUCAAACCAAAAAUUAGUUAGGUAGUACUCUUCAGGAACAUGACUCCAGACUGCUCCAGACAAUUACUUUCCCUUAAAGAUUCAUCAUUACCUUUGUAAUACAAAACAGGUAACUGAUUCUUGGUCUCAAGCACAGCAGGAAACAAGGUAUUCAAUCUGAGAACAGCAAGAUUGGAAAAUCUUUGGUCAGACAAAUACCUAAAUGUGAUUUCUAGUUCUAAAUAUGUACCCCCUGCUGGAGUCCAGGCAUUUCCCUCUGUCUGCCCCUGCUUCUCUGAUACCAGGAACAAAACCAGAGUUAUUUGCCUUCUUUAUCCAACGCUCUUCAUUAAAUAGAUUCUGGUGGGACUCUCCAGCCAAAUUACUGUGUAAAGAGAGAGGUAUAAUAUACAUACAAAGCACAAUUCUUACAACACUUUUAUACAUUAUAUUUUGAGGGCUUGGAUUUUUUUUUUAAGUUUCUUCUUACUUAAGCAAUAGCUGUAUAUAGAGAAGGAUCAAAUCUUAGUUGCUUUACCUGGAAUUGCUUCAGGUUUUACUAAAGAGCCAGUUUUAUCACAUACAAGGACAGAUAGGAAUACCAAGGAAAGAAUCUCUGCAACUUGCAGAAUUUCAGCAUUUCCAUUCACAUCAUAAUCUGAUUUAUCUGACUGACUUGGGGACCCACCUGUUAUGCUGAGAUGUUUUCCAACAGUGAUGACAAUCAUGAGCCUUUUGUAAGAUUUCAAUUCCCAACAUAUUUCUUUCCUGUUUCUGCAAGUAGAAAACUGAUUUCUAACUCCUAAUCUUUCAGCAGUGAAAACUACAGCCCAUCACAAUCAUACAGUAAAUACUCAAAUUAACAUCUCAGAGGUCAGAAAAGCUGUGUUUUCUGAACAUGUUACACACCACUUGGAUAUUGAUGGCUGAAGUACUGGGAACUACCCAGACCAGAACCACCCUAAAAGCUCCACAGUGUGCCCCAGUGAAGUUUAGGAGCCACAGGGUCCAGUGAGCCAAAUCACUCUUCCCAGGGUGUACAACAGUCCCAGCAGUGAAUUGACCAACUUGCCUCUAUUUCCAGCCUCAGAACCUGCAGUUACCUCAUAUACCACAAAAAUAGAGAGCCUACCAAGUUGCCUGUAAGGAGGGGAAAAAAAAGUCAUAAAUCAGACUUUUUUUCUCCACCUGUUUGUCAUACAGUGUGGUACAUCAAUUUUAUCACAUUUUUCCUCAGGAGUUUCUUUGUACACACCACACAGUUACAAAUGAAAGCAAAACUAUAAGCUAGGUUGCAUGAGCACACCUCUCAACACAGUAGCUUCCCAUCAUAGGUAAAACCAGGUAUAGUUGUUCUUGCAGUGAAACCUCACCACUCCUAAGGAAAGAAAAGGAAAAAAAUCCUCAGAAAGGCACGUUUCGUAUCACAGAGCAGUGUGAAAGAAAGUUUGGACCAGGAAAUUAUUUAAUUGGCUAAGGGCAUAUCCAUAGUUUAAGCAUAUAUGUAUUUUAUAUCUCAUGUUCCUGAAGAUGGAAAGAUUAAGAUUGGCCCAGGAUUGGGCAGCAGACUGUUUAAUAAAUACCAGAUUAAACUGUCUGCAUUAAAAUCAACUUUUUCCUCUCUCUUCACUGAUAAAUUUGUGGUUUAUAUUUAGGUUACCAGCCAUAGCUUUUUUGGAAAGGUAUCAAUAUUGUAUUGUUAUAUAUAGACAUUACAAUUUUUAACAAUAUUUUGAAUUCGAACACAGUCAUUAUGAGAUCAAUAAUAAUUUAAAUAACUUAUUCUACCUUUUUUUUUCUCCAAAAUGGGAUAUGAAUUAUGCAUUUGAGUUUAAUAGGCAACCGCUGAGGAGACCAUUAACUCAAACACUCUUACAGCAAUUAGCUUUUAUCUGCUGUGGAUCUUUGAAGCAGAAAGCGGCAGUAAGUGCCAAAUUAAAGGUGAACCACUGCCAAGAUAAAUUUUUGU